UUCCCAUUCAGAGCUUUCCGUCGUUGCUGUGGGCGAACGACGUCCGCGACGAAUUAUUCGCAGUGUCGCGGUCCGAAUACGCGUCGAAGCGGCGGAGAGGGGCAGACGGGGGGGGAGAAGGAACAAAAUGACGACGUCUUUAGGACGUUGCUACGAAAAAUUUUAAGAGAGACACGCGCGUCAGUAAAUGCUAGGUUAAUCCCAGCCAGGAAAGUAAUUAGGAUUCCAGGAAAGAAAGGGAAAUUGGAAGUGAUACAUCGAAUACGAGAAAAGGUCACUCGAGUCGAGAGUCUGGGGAGAAUGUCGGGAAGAGUCCGCUAAAGUGAAAGUCGGAGAAAUUAUAAUCGGUCAGAGGGAGCACCGGGAAAUGUUGGAGAAAACGUGGCAACUGUAUUCGCGAAAUGACGAUCGAGUCGAAACGAAGUUCUAGAAUUUCUCGCUGUUACGGAAAAGAAAGACACAGAAUGUGCAAGUACAUAAAAGAUGCAAGACGUCUUCCCGGGCAACGUUCCAUUCGUAUCUAGAAUAAAGUUCGAGCAAUGAAGGACGACGCAACGCCAUUUCAGGAUAACGCGUUUAAAGGAGCACGCGUCACAGAUCCAUCUGCACUGCAUCGUGCGAUUGACACAGACAAGAUGGUCGUCGGAGAACCAAGUAUACACAAUAUAAUGGGGGGGAUGGAGAGCACGGGUGGUGUGCGUCUUCAUAAUCACAAGCGAAAGUUGAAGCAGAGGUUUGACAUAAUAAAAAAGCUAGGACAGGGCACUUACGGGAAGGUCCAAUUAGGAAUAAACAAGGAGACCGGCCAGGAGGUGGCGAUUAAGACGAUUAAGAAAUGCAAAAUCGAGACGGAGGCGGAUCUGAUAAGGAUACGAAGAGAAAUACAGAUCAUGUCGAGUGUUCAACAUCCGAACAUCAUUCACAUCUACGAAGUCUUCGAGAACAGAGAAAAGAUGGUGCUCGUGAUGGAAUACGCAGCGGGCGGUGAAUUGUACGACUACCUGAGCGAACGCAAGGUUCUGAGCGAGCACGAGGCCCGUAGAAUAUUCCGGCAGAUAGCCACCGCUGUGUUCUACUGCCACAAACACAAGAUCUGCCAUAGAGACCUGAAGCUUGAGAACAUCCUGUUGGACCAAGUCGGAAAUGCCAAGAUAGCCGACUUUGGUCUUUCGAAUGUGUUCGGCGAGCAACGAUUGUUGAGCACGUUCUGCGGUAGCCCAUUGUACGCUAGUCCGGAAAUAGUGAAAGGGACUCCUUAUCACGGGCCGGAAGUGGACUGUUGGAGUUUAGGUGUGCUGCUCUACACCCUGGUUUACGGUGCUAUGCCCUUCGACGGGUCUAACUUCAAGCGACUAGUCAAACAGAUCUCACAGUCCGAUUACUUUGAGCCGAAAAAGCCAUCCCCUGCUUCACCGCUUAUAAAGGAGAUGCUCACCGUGUGCCCGGGCAGACGCGCCGACGUCGAAAGAAUUUGCACCCAUUGGUGGGUGAACGAGGGCUAUGAGCAGAAUUGUCUCGACAUCGCCGAGGACUUGGCAGCUCAGACACCCGUGCGGCUGGACCUGUUGCUAUCCUUGGUGCCGCAGUCGGCUAGCGCCGAGAAACUGCUUGUGGGCGAUCAACAGGCGGGCGGAGACGUCGCGAACAACAUGUCUUCCGAAACUUUAGUGCCUACGAGGUGUCACUCGGUCGGUAGCUUGAUGGAGCUCGAUCAGAACAGCUCUGACAGAAGAAUUAGGGAACUGUUCGAUGAAGAGCCGAGAUCUUCUGCGGCCGGGGGAGACGCUAAGAGGAAACUGGAGACGACACCAUCGAUGGAUGAGACGGCCGCGGCGGGCGUGAAGAGGAAAGAGAGGUCCAGACGGAAAGAGAGGUCGGAUGAGAGAGAACCCAGAGCGUACAGAUCCUCAUCGAGACAUCAUUCGGCCCCGAUCCCGAAUUCCAUAUCAGAGGAAGCGAUGGAAGUGGAGCCGGCAGCAGGCAUCGUGACUGUUCCUACAAGUAAGACUGUCGAUUUGGACAGGAUCGAAGGUGCGGCAGCUUGUUUAGAGCUGAUCGAAGAAUCAAAAGAAAGAUCGCUGAGUAAGGAAAGAUGCCAAACACCGCCGGUGGACGAAUACGAGGAGCCGCGCGAGCCGAUGUCCGCCGAGAGCGCUCAGCAGAUCUACGAGCCUAAUCAAAAGGUCAGCAACGUGGAGGACAUGUCUCCACAAAAGUAUACCAAGUCUCCCAGCAACAGUUUCUAUGAGGACGUAGGCGGUAACGCUUCAGAGAGCUCGAGUAAUAAUAAUAAUAAUAAUAAUAAUAAUAAUAAUAAUAAUAAUAAUAAAAUAGCGCAUGAGACAACGCAGCCCAGCAAGAAAUCAGAAUCUGCCUUCGAAUCAAAAGUGCCAAAUGAAAGUGACACGAAUAGCGUGAGGAACGAGGCGUACUUGCCACGAGACACGCAACAGCAAUCGGAGCCGACGGAGGGAGACUUCAAAAAGCUCAAAGAAAAAGCGCUCUCCUUGGACUCCGAGCUGUCGAACGAGGCGGCGUGUCCGCCCGCCAAACCCGUCGAGAGACGGCGCUCCAAGAUAUUCGAGACCGCCGAGAAGUUCAAUCAGCUGACGUCUACCGCGGACAGCGAGAAACCCAAGAAGAUAUUUAUUCCUGGUGUCAAUGUGGGGGGCGCGAAGCGAGCGUUUGAACGGAAAGCUAGCCUGUCGUCCAUAACCGCACCUCCGCCCGCGAAAGCGAGCGCGUCCAAAAUGAUCAUCGAUGUGCCAACGGAAAAGAAAAGCGAGACGAAUGAGAAGCAACAGCAGCAGGCAACGAGUGAACAGACGAUGGCAGCAGCUGACGAUAAGUCUGAUAACAAACGAGACGAGGCGAAGAAACGCGCCGUCGACAUCAUCACCGGCGCCAUCGGCAAGCCCCCGAUGCAGAGGAAGCCGAUGAACGGCUCGCCGCCGAUAUCGCCUCAGAGUUCGGACUCGAAGAAGCUUGGAUUGAAGAUACAGGUGGCGCCGAAUGACGUGAGAUCAGCCACGGUGUCGGUCUCUACACCGGUCGAGACGAAGUUUGGCUUCGACACGAAAUCUUCACCCGCAGCACUCGAGGCAACCAUAACUAGCGCGUCCAACACGGCAACUGGCGAUAGAUCGCAGUUGGAGGAACCCAAAAUGUCUAGCAAAAUGGAGAUAACGUUGAAGAGCGCAACAUUACCCAGACGAAAGACGAGCAAAGCCGAGAUCACGCUUGCCGGAGCGAAACCGCCUGAAACGGUGGCGUUUAAAUCCGAGGUGGAGGCCAAGAUCGAUGCUUUUCAACCGCAGAAAUUGCGCACGCAGAGAUCGGAGGUGGCGUUCCCGGUCGCGGCUGCGGUGCCUCAAGCUAACAGAAGUUCUAGUCUAGAACCGGAAAGCCGACCCAAGGCUGCUGCACCACGCGAGAGAAUCAUCCCUAUUCAGGUGGAAACUGAACCCGAGCACGUCCUUCAACACUCAUCCACCUCGCCACCUAAACCACCCAUGUCUCAACGAUCGAUGUCUCAACGAUCGAGCUCUCUAUCCCGUCAAUCGACGGCCGAUUCGGACACUGACAGCGCUCUCGGCUCCACCGUGGGGCCGGAACCGAUCAGGAAGAGCCCGCGGGAGUAUAUUAUUCCCAUCGCCGUGGAAGGUGGUGGUUACGUGACACCCAGGUCGGGUAGUCUUGAGCCGGAGAGCAAGACCAGUACACCGACAAGCGCGAACCCACCGAGGUCCAGAUUCGGCAGGCCGAGGCGAAUGAGCUCUCUCCUGUCAGACGCCAGCGAGGACGAGUCUCCGUUCUCUUCGCUGCAUAGCGAGGACCUGCUGCAAAGGCACAUGCACCGGUUGAGGAGCUCGCGACCGUCGAGGCAGCCGUCUGAGCACGCCGACAGCUUGUCGUCAGGCGAGGACGACGACGACGACGGUUUCGAGUUGCUCACCGCUGAGAAUCUGUUCUCGACCUUACUGUCCAGAGUGCGCAGUCUUACCCAACGGCUCAAUGUCGAUGACAAUCGACCGGGCGGUUUCCCGAGCAGCAGACUGUUCGGCAGACUCGGCGCACAGCCGUCACAAGCGUUCUGGGGCCUCAAUAAGCCGUUGUCCAGCUACGAGAGCUAUGUCGAAACACGGACCAUGACUACGCGGCUUUCCGAGUCACAGUUUAAGCAUUCUCUGAGCCGCGAUGCGGAUAUAUUCUCCAAGAGAGACUCCGCCAGCACGUCCAACCCCGGAACACCCAACAGCCCCGGAUCGCACGGCACUCCCUCCAGGGAGAGUGUCUUCGAGAUCGGGAGCAAUACGUUGCCGAGAGAUAAAGUAGAAACACACGAAGACGUAGAAGCAGCGGAGACGGCGCAAGUCAGGAAGGAGACGCAGGAGUCGCUGGAGCAGAGCUUCACUCCGAGCUUGGCACGCAGGCUGAGCAGGCAGUUGAUCGAGCAGACCCGGCAGUCGUUGCCGCGCGACAAGUACUAUCAGUCGCCUACGAGGGAGACCCUCAGCCUGAUGGCGUCGACCGGCGAGGUGGCGAAGCGUCACUCCGCGUCAGCGAGCUCCGAUCAGACCGAGUACCGGGGCAGGUCGGUCGAUCGCGGUAUCAGACGCGCCAACAGCCUGCUGGAGCCGGCCAAGCAGUUUGAGCGAUUCGAACGGCACUCACCGCGCCGAAGCAUCAGCCUGUUCGACGAUCACGAGGAACACGGACUGUUGCCGCCGUUGCCGCGGCACAUCAUGACCCUCGGUCGCAAGUACAAGGAGUCGGGCGGAGGAGUCAGUGUGGGUAACGCGCGGCGCGACAACUUCCACGGCUACAGAGCGGCCGCGGACAAGAUCCAGGAGGAGCCUCUUGUCCUCGACGAGGCGUCGUACGGCCCGUGCAAAGAGGAGGACACCGACGCCGACAACAACGGCUCCGUGUCGGAGACCACCACGUCGAUCUCCAUGUGCAACUCGAACGCGAAUCUCAUGGACACCACCACGACGUCCAGCGUGUCGGCCAAGUCCUGCGAGACCUCGCCUACGGAGUCGUCGUCGAAUCUGGGCGAUUACGGCAAGUCCUUCUCCACCACGUCCAAGUCCGACGCGGCGUCGCGCAGCUUCGAGACUCGACUCUUGGCCGCGGAGAACCUCAUCAAGGAGUCCAAGCUGAAGAACCUCACGCCGCAGCGGUUCAAUCCGAACCUCAUCUCCCAUUACAAGGACACGGACAAAUGCGACAAGGAGGCGCUCAUCACCAACAAUAACAACAACAACAACAACAACAACAGCAGCAGCAGCACCGGCGCUACCACCAGCGCCACGGCCUCCUCCGCCACGGAGCAGUCGGCCAAUUCUGUCGCGUCCAAGAGGCGCAGCUGCAUCCCAAGUCUGCGACUACGUUCGGGCUCGUUGACUAGGGAAUCCAGCGUCAGCUCGGACCGCAGAAAGUCCUUCGCAGGCUCGCCGGACGCGCUGGUCAGCGUCAGUCGGGAGCGGUCGAUACUCAGCAAGUUCUUCAGAGGCGGCGGCGGCGGUGGCAACAAUAACAACAAAGAUGAGCCGAAGGACAACAAGAGCCAGAAGCAGCCGAAGCAGCAUCGCAUUUCGCGCUUUUUGCGGCCAGACUUCUUCGACACGCCGCGAGAGGAAAGCCAGUACGUGAAGGAGAAGGAGGCGCAGAAAGCGGCGGAGAACGAGCGGCGCAAGUCGAGGUUCAUGAGACGGAAGAGCGAGAGCAAAGACCGCAAAGAGGAGGAGCGCAAGGACGAGAGGAUCUGCAAGGAACAGAAGGACGAGAUAAACACGCUGCAGAAGGGCAAGUCGCUGGAAGCGACCGCCUCGUCGGAGGAUAGAUCUCAGAACGAGGACAAGGAGCGAGUGAAGAUCGAGCGUCAGGGUAGCGGCUCCAAGAGCAGCUUCUUACACCUGCUGGAGAGAAAGCUGGAGCGGCUGCGCUCGAGCGACGAGACCACGACGAAGCAGCCGACGAUGAAUGGCGACGCCGUUCCGGUGGCAAUCGGCGAGCGAAAAGAACGUAGACUGCGUGAGAAUUCCGCACCACCGGUCGAGUGUCCGUCGCCGACCGAGCCGGCGAACUGCGGCCUGUUGAAGCGAGCGUUGAGCGUGGAGGAUCUGCCGUUGAGCAAAGACAAGGUGAAAAGCACGUCCAAGACGGGCGGACGGGUGACGUCGGUGUUGGGCAUCUUCAAGAGCGGGGACGCAAAACUGAAUGCGAACAGCCGUGUUCAGAGCACGAUCGUGAGCAAGCUGAAGAGAAGUCCGCCCAAGUGUGCGAAGACCGAGCUGGAAGAAGACGCUGUCGCGACGACCAAGAUACCGACGACUAAAUUCGCCGGUAAAUUGACGAAGAGCAAGGCGCCGGAGAGCGGCAAGAAGUCGCCGGAAAAGAUCGCGAGUGAGUACAAAAGGUCGCCGCCCAAGGAGAAGUCGAAGGAGUCGAUUUCUAAGGAGAAGAAGUCCACCGUGGAGAAGCAAACGAAGGAGAUGAAGAGAGCGCCGGAGAAAAUGGCGCAAUCAGACUCAUCGGUGGAGAAGAUGAAGGCGCUGGAGAAGGCGGAGCCGCCGAGGAAGUUAUCCGGCGAGUCGGAGUAUCCGCAGAGGGACAACAAGCACGCAGCAGAGUCCGUCAUGAGCGGUGAAGAUAAGAAAUUGUUGAAGACCAAGAAGAACAUCAGUUCCCUGAGCAAGAAUGAAUCGGUCACGAAAAUCGACAGGGGCGACGACGCAGACAAGAAGACGAAGAAGCCGGCGAAGCCGAAGGAAGCCGCGGACAAGGAUGAGAUCAACGGCACCAAGAAGAAAAAGAUCGUGCGCGUCGUGAGGAAGGUCGUGAAGAAGUCGUCCGACAGCUCCGAGAGCAAGUCCGAUGAGAAGGAGAAAACGUCGUCGAGGCCGUCGUUGUUGAGGAAGAAAAUUAUCACGACGAAGAAGGAAAAAAGCCCCGAAGUCGGGAACCCAGUCCCAGUCCAGAGUUCGACUAACAGAGGCAACAAUGUCGAUAAUCAGACUUCGCCCGUGAAAUCCCCCUCGAGGCAGGCGAACCUCGAACCGUCUUCGGACGUUCUUCAGUCGCGAGAAACCUCGUCCGCGAGACUACCCGUCGACUACUCCGUGCAAAACACGAAUUCAGUGCCCAAAAGCGAUACCCUGACGAGCCACACUGCAGCGAGCAAGUCCAGUGCAAGGAUGACGGCCGUCGAUAGCUCGCAGACGAAUUCCGUUCUCCAGAACGUGUCGAGCUCCGCGUCGUCGGCUCAGAGCUCCUCCGGUCCGGUGGCUCGCAAUGCUUCGAACUCCAACGUCAGCCAGACCAGAAUCUCGGAACAGAGUCGACCGAACCGGGCGAGUCUGAAGCUCGACUUGUCCAAGAUACCGCAGCACACGUUCAGACACACGACUCCCAAGAGAGACUCGCCCAAGUCCGACUCGCCCAGGGCGAGCUCGAGUGUCUGCGUUGAGUCACCCAAGACGGACGCUCCUGCCUGCGAAGCAGAUGCCGAUAAGCUGCUGGAGUGCUUGUCGAAGAUGACGUAUCACGCCAACAUCACCGGCAACAAGAUCGUCAUCGACAAGCCUCUGCGAGCGAAGGACGUGGCCGAGCUGAAGCGAGAAGUCACCGAGUGCGCCCGGAUCAUCGAAAAUCACAUUGAGUCGCGAAAUGACCGCAGCAGCCCGCAGCAGCCCGUUGUCGAGCCGAUCGUCGCCGAGAGUACGCAGAACAAGGACAUCGAGAAGACUCUGCCGCGAGAGAUCUUCCCGGCGGAUCCGUCCAGGGAGGUCAACGAGACGGACAACGUGGCGAAAGACCCGGUGGAGGACAGCAUCAGCGAGAUGUUCUCGCCCGAGGAGCCCGAGAGCUUCGACUCCUGGUCGAUCUGCUCGGCCGACCUGAAUCACAAUCGCAGCGACCUGCACUCGCCUACCUCGCCCUCGUACUCUUUGCUCGCGCGUGGCGACAGCUCGGAGUCUGUUAUAGACCGGAUACGCAGACGCAGCUUCUACUCGAGGUUCAACGACCGGAAGAGACCGUCCUUGACGGCGCCACCGCCUGGGGUGAGCAGCGUGACUCUACCCAGAAGGUCAAGCUUCAACAGCUCCAGAGAGUGGGCGCGCAGUAGAUUGUACAGCUACGGAGUCCCCAGGACGAGAGCGGACAAGAGUUACGGUUUGUACGGCGACGAUAUGAAGUCUCCGGUCGACCGGGAGAGAUACAGCGACUCCUUGAACGCGUCGUCGUCGUCGUACGAUCAUCACAGUCCGGAGGCGCGGUCCAUCUUCGAUCAUUACGGCAGCUUGCCGUCUUCCUCGCACGAUUCCCUGAGAAAAUACGUGAGGUCGCCGACGUUGGACCUCGCAACUGCCCGCGCCAAGUAUCAUAGCACGGACAUCAUCACCGACAACGACAUCGUGAACUCAUACAAGAGUCCCUUGUCGAGAUCCUCUCUCAACGAUGCCGUCGCGGACUCCUACCGCAGCAGGAGCAUCUCGGCGACCUUGCCGAGGAGGAAGUACGGCUCGACCGUCGGCAGUCUGGCGCCGAAGAGCGUGGAGUAUUACGAGGAGAUCUUGUCGCCGAGCAACCCCGACUACCUGUCGCCACGCGACAUCUGCAGGUCGCCGCUGCUGGACGGCUACCUGAGCAGGUAUGAGAAUGGAUACCAUCACAACGGCAAUCUGGACCUGCCGCAGUACAGUACAGACAAGCAGAGGUCUUACACGGAUAAGAUGGCGGAUGUGGAAGUCGGUGAAGGGAACGACAGAUCGCUCGGUGAGCAGAAAAGAAACAUGAAGCAACGUCUCAGCGAAGCGAGGGAUAUGUCUUCGACGACCACGGAUGUCUUACCAAACCUGUCUGUCGCCGAACAGAAGCAAUACCUCUCGGACGGAAAGUAAUUUAGGGAUGUAAGGACAUUUUACCGAAUGCGUCUUAUUACUGUAGUAAUUUUAUCAUACGGAUAUAUCGCGUCCGAGUGUCUCGCGUUAUCGCGUUAUCACGGCGAUAAUCAUUGGCGACGGCAAUUGAUGAAGGAUGGAGCGAGGAGGAUCGUGUUCAACAGCUCUGAAACAUAUCGCUACCAUCGAGAUAUAUACACCUUGACACUUUCGGGUUUCGGGACUAUUGUUUUAGGUGUGUGUGUAGUCCUAAUCCUUUCCGAACCGGCGAUUCUAGUCCGAAAUCAUCUGCUACGUCUCGUGUGAGACGUUUCUUCGCUUGGAACGCGGAAUUAAAUUAUUACCUUUUCGUCGUCCCGCGUCGGAAAAGAUUAGAGCCGAGAGAAAUGCGGAAGAAAAUGUCUCGUUGAUUGUGUGAGAUUUUUCAUUCUGGAAUUUCUUCGUAUCUCGUCGGUAACGAAAGACGAUCCGAAUAUCGAAGCGACACGCGCGCGUCUUCUCUCCGUAUCUGAGAGAAUUGAGAAUCUCUGGCUCCAAUAUUUAUAGAGAUAUAAAUAUACAAGUCGGCAGAGCUAACUAGCGGAAGAGUAACGUCGGGAGCUUCGUCUCGCUCAGUGCUGCAAUACAGAUACGUAGUUGGAGCUACGAGGUAUCCGUUUUAAUCUCACGUUUGACGUCACUCACUUGGUCGGCCUAACUCGCGUUCGAAAGUGUCCACUGCUGUAAUGAAUUUAAAUCGUGUGCACGUAGGCUGUUUUCGUUUUUCUUC